AUGCAUGCGGUGGUGACGGGAUCAAACAAAGGGAUUGGAUUCGAGAUCUGCAGGCAGUUGGCUUCGAAGGGUGACAUGGUCUUAACUUCAAGGGACGAGAAGAGGGGUCUCGAAGCUCUCAGGAAGCUGAAGGAAGAGAGCUGUCCUGCUCUAUUGGGUGAAAUAGUUUUUCACUGGCUUGAUGUUACUGACUCUGCAAGCAUUGACUCCCUGGUUGAGCUCAUCAGAAAUCGGAUUGGAAAGCUGGACAUCCUGGUGAACAAUGCCGGGGUCGGUGGAAUUGUUUAUGAUUUUCAUGAUUUCGCAGAUGCUAUUGAGCGUGCUGGUGGUUGGCCAACUGAUGAAGCGGAGUGGAGAAAGAUGGCAGCCCAGAAUUACGAAUUAGCCAUAGAAUGCCUCACAACAAACUACUAUGGUGCGAAAAGAGUGAACAAAGCUCUCCUUCCCCUGCUUCAGCAGUCAAGUUCUGCAAGGAUUGUCAAUGUCUCUUCAUAUCUAGGACUCUUGCAGCAUAUUCCCAGGAAACCAAUCAGAGAUGAGCUGGGAGACAUUGAGAACCUCACAAAAGGUCGAAUAGAGGAGAUCCUGAAGUAUUUCCUAGAAGAUUUCCGGCAGGGUCAACUAGAAGCCAAAGGCUGGCCUGAGAACAUCUCUGCAUACAAGAUGUCAAAAGCAGCACUGAUUGCUUACACCAGGCUCCUAGCGAAGGAGCUCCCGUCAUUCCUUGUGAACAGCGUUUGCCUAGGCUUUGUCAAGACCGUUAUAAACGGCAACAAUGGAGUCCUAAGCGCUCAAGAGGGAGCAGAGAGCCCUGUCUACCUGGCUCUUCUUCCAGAAACUUGUCCUUCUGGCCUUUUAUUCUCCAAGAAAGAAGUCUGUUCUUUCUGAGAAACAAAGCUUGUUAA